AUGGGAAUUACAAAGGUUUAUUUGAUUGUCACUAUGUCUCUCUUAUUUUUAUCUCUUGUUGUGGCUGAUUUUAACGUUUAUCACAACAUCAAAAGUUCAAGAACAUCCGGAGUACAAGAACAAGGUCAUGGUGAUUCUCCACCACCACCAUUACCUCCCAUAAAUUUAAAUUUCGGAAUACUACCAAAAGGUCAUCGUGUUCCACCAUCAGGAGCUAGUACAAAAAGAUCUGAUUCUCCACCGCCACCGCUACAUCCCACAAGUUUGAAUUUUGGAAUGUUGCCAAAAGGUGUGCAUAUUCCACCAUCAGGACCAAGCACAAGAUCAUAUGAUUCUCCACCGCCACCGUUACCUCCCUCAAAUUUAAAUUUCGGAAUGCUACCAAAAGGUCAUCGUGUUCCACCAUCAGGAGCUAGUACAAAAAGAUCUGAUUCUCCACCGCCACCGUUACAUCCCACAAGUUUGAAUUUUGAAAUGUUGCCAAAAGGUGUGCAUAUUCCACCAUCAGAACCAAGCAUAAGAACAUAUGAUUCUACACCACCACAGUUACCUCCCUCAAAUUUAAAUUUCGGAAUGCUACCAAAAGGUCAUCGUGUUCCACCAUCGGGAGCUAGCACAAAAACAUCUGAUUCUCCCCACCACCAUUACCUUCCUCACAUUUCUGAUGGAAAUUAUGAUAAUUAA